CUCGCCCCUGACGCCUGGGUUUCCCACGACCAACAUGGCGGCUCCCUGUGUGUCCUGCUGCGGCGCGCUGUGCUACCGUCUCUUUAUCGGGAGUAGGGUUACCCUCGCCCCCAGGCAAGGCUUUUGGAAAACUGCGGCCGCUGAGUUUCAGAGAGGUGCUGGAUCCCAGCUGUUGAAGCCCAUACAUACCACAGUUGUAACGACAAAGAAAAAUGUUCCAGUCUCAAGACAUGAAACUUACACAGAGGAGUUUAUUAAAAAGCAGAUUGAAGAGUUCAACAUAGGAAAGAGACAUCUAGCCAACAUGAUGGGAGAAGACCCAGAAACUUUUACCCAAGAGGACAUCGAUAGAGCUAUUGCUUACCUUUUGCCAAGUGGUUUGUUUGAGAAACGAGCCAGGCCAAUAAUGAAGCAUCCUGAACAGAUUUUUCCAAAGCAACGAGCAAUUCAGUGGGGAGAAGAUGGCCGUCCAUUUCAUUUUCUCUUCUAUACUGGCAAGCAAUCAUAUUACGCACUAAUGCAUGAAGUGUAUGGAAAGGUACUCCAGGUGGAAAAACACCAAAAUCAGUUGCAAGUCAAAGGAGUGCUUCCAGAGAAAACCGAAAUCAGAGACCUGAUUGGCAGCAGAUGGCUGAUUAAGGAGGAACUAGAAGAAAUGUUAGUGGAAAAACUGUCAGAUCAAGAUUACACGCAGUUCAUUCGACUGCUAGAAAAGUUGUUGGCGCUGCAGUGUGGUCCUGCGGAAGAAGAAUUUGUGCAGAGGUUUCGCAGACGGGUCCCUACUCAGUCGCAGCAGCAGCUGAGAGAACCCGUGCAGUAUGACGAGCGAGGGGUGGCCUUCAGCGCCUGCGAAGGUAAAAGAAAGAGUGCAAGAGCAGAGGCGGUUGUUUAUGAGCAAGGAAGUGGAAGAAUCACGGUGAAUGGAAUUGAUUAUCUGCUUUACUUUCCGGUCUUACAAGACAGAGAGCAGUUGAUGUUCCCAUUUCACUUCCUUGACCGCCUGGGAAAACACGAUGUGACCUGCACGGUCUCAGGGGGCGGGAGAUCGUCACAGGCUGGAGCAAUACGCCUGGCGAUGGCGAGAGCCCUGUGCAGCUUCGUCUCCGAGAAAGAGGUGGAGUGGAUGCGACAAGCUGGACUGCUUACUGCCGAUCCACGCGUCCGAGAACGGAAGAAGCCGGGCCAGGAGGGAGCCCGCAGAAAGUUUACCUGGAAGAAGCGCUGAGGGGGUUUGCUCGGGCAAGGAGACGGGAAGCUGGGUCCGUGCCUGGCGUGGGGCAGACACACUGGCCAGCCGAGGGCAGCACCGUCGGGAAUGGUUUGCACUUGUGAGAUGAUUUAUUUUUAAAUGCUAAUUGUGAAGGUGAUACCUUUAAAUAUUAAAAAAGAAAAAGUUAGCCUCA